AAGCUGAGAAGAAGCAUAAGAAGACUCAAAAGGACAGGACGGAUUCCGACUCCGAAGAUGGCGGAACAACGUACUCAGAGUUAUGGCCUUUUCAUGAGCUACUGUCUAUAACAUCGUUUGCAGAACUCCCGGCGAGGAACAUGAAGUCCUCACUUUCCUCGCCCUACUUUCUGUUUAUCCUAGUUGGUUGCUGUCGAUCUAUUUCCUUAUAAAUAUACCACAAUUCUUCUAAACCAUUGUGCAGCGAUUAUGCUCAACGAGAUGAAGCAUUUGAGUGUUCCUCUUCCAUCGGGCGACUACCUGGUCAAGAAUAGACACGCUUUCCGCUCGUUUCUUCGCAAGCAAAUUGUAGACAUACUUGCGCUGGAUACCACUGCAGCCGCCAGAAGUUGUGCUACUACAACAGAAGAUGUCGCGGACCGUCAGGACCAUCUCCAUCAACG